ACAGACGGAAAGAUACAGAUGGAACUGUGUGAAAAGUGGAUCCAGUAACCACUACCUUUUAAAAGUUUCAAGUAUGAACCAUAGCAGCCUGUACAAGUGUGUUUUAAAUGAGAACUUUGAAUUCAUUUUACUACCAAUCUGUUAUGGGAUUGUCUUUGUUAUUGGGCUGAUCCUUAAUGCUUUUUCCCUUUUCAUCUUCACCUUUCGCAUGAAACAAUGGACCAGCAGCACUAUUUACAUGUUUAACCUGUCCAUCUCUGACACCCUGUAUGUCAUCAGCCUGCCAUUUCUCAUAUACUACUAUGCCAAAGAAAACAACUGGCCUUUUGGUGAUGCCAUGUGCAGAAUCAUUAGAUUCCUUUUUUAUAACAACCUCUACUGCAGUAUCCUCUUUCUUUCCUGCAUCAGCAUUCACCGCUUUUUGGGCAUCUGUUUUCCUAUGCAGUCCUUGGAAUGGCUUAAUGUGCGCUGUGCCCGCAUAUGUUCUGUGCUCAUCUGGAUCAUUGUUGUGUCUUGCCAAGCUCCCAUCUUUUAUUUCUCCCAAACCUAUAACAACAACGGCAAUGUCCUCUGCUAUGACACAACACCCCCUGGAUUGUUUCCCCAGUUUCUGGUUUACAGCUCCAUAAUAUCUGUGAUGCUCUUCUGUUUGCCCAUCCUGACUGUCAUUGUCUGUUAUUGCCUAAUGACCAAGCAGCUUAUGCAGCCUAGUGCUGAAGGCACCUCCUCUUCCCGGAUUAAGAAGAAAUCAAUCAGGAUGAUUGUGAUUGUCCUUCUUGUUUUUAUCCUCUGCUAUUUGCCUUUUCACAUAACCCGGACCAUUUAUUACAUCUUCAGGCAGCUCAAUGUGGAAUGCAACAUGCUGGAGGCUUCUGACAUUGCUUAUAAAGUGACUAGGCCUCUGGCCAGUGCUAACAGCUGUUUAGAUCCCAUUUUGUACUUUCUGUCCAGACAGAAUUUCCGCAAAGUGUUUGUCUCUGCCUCCAAAAAGAAAAACAAUACUUUAAAAUUAAGCUCCUUCAAUCCUACUUUUUCCAAAGUGUGAGAGACUAUUUUGAAUGAAUGUAGUAAUUUCAGGUCAGUAAAGAACAGCUUGAAGGACAUAAUCAAUAUUUUCAAAAUACGUACUGUAUAUCAAUGCAUUUAUUUAUUUUAUCAGUCUUUGUUAUCCAUUACCAAUUUGCAGGCUGCUAGAAUUUUGUUCAGAGCGGGAUUGGACCAAGACAGAAGACAUCCCUCACCCACAUUGGGUCAGACAACACCUACAUCUUUGGAAUGUGGAAGGAAGCUGAUACAACGGAAGAACAUUCAGACACCUCAUGGAGGCCACAUACAGUGGCAGCAGUACUAACUGCUAUACUGGCCAUUUAAUUAUGAAUAUAUACAGGUAUCUGUGUAUAAUUACGAAGAGUUUUGUGUUAAAAAGCAUCUUGUAGUUGAAGUACUGAAUAAAUAAUAUAUGUAAUAAAAUUCAUUAAUUUAAGGUCUGAAUAUAAAUAUUGCCAUUGGCAUAUGAUACCUAGGGAUUUUUAUAAAAAUAAUACCCUUGCACUUCUAGUAGAACAGGUGUUGAAUAAGCUAUUAUAAAUUA